UGCUAAAGUGCACCUCCUGUACCUGAACCCCUUCCUCCUCCUUAACGUACACAUACACAUUAACCGCGUUAGCCUGUAGCUGGCUCGGCGGAGCGUCUUUAACCUGCCACCAUUCGCACUCUGCUCCUACUCUGAAGGAGACGUCUGAUGCUCCGUCAGCCCGGGUUUUAGUUCCUGGCGCUGUCACCCUCCUCUGCCUGUCAGCUGUGUGGGGCUACUGUAACUCCCACGACAACACCGCCAGGUAAACACCCAUGAAGACGCCGCGGUUGACCCCUCACCCAUGGGAGCCAGCUCAAUAACACAAGAGAGAACGCGUGGAGGUCGAGGCACCAUGGAUCUCUUGAGGCUCGCUCCAGUGGUAGCCCCACUCCACUGAUCUCUCCCUUUUCCCAUCUUUUCCUCCAUCUUCCCCCUUCAGCCUCCCCUCUUCCUUUUAUUCUUUCUUUCUUGCCCCUCACAACCACUCAGUCCUUACUUACAUCAUGGCAGGGGAGAAAGGUCCCAACAAGCGGAGCGCCAUGGACAUCAAGCGCCUGGCGAGCCUCAUUCAGAGAGGAACGGGCCGCCUGCUGGUGAUCGACAGCAGGACCUUUUCUGAGUACAAUGCGUCACACGUGCAAGGUUCGGUCAAUGUCUGCUACUCCAAGCUGGUGAAGAGGCGACUGCAGCAGGACAAGGUCUCUGUCACCGAGCUGCUGCAGCCCAAUGGCAAAGUGAAGGUGGAGCUGGGCAGGAAGCAGGAAGUGGUGGUUUACGACCAAAGUUCCAAAGAGAGAGGGCACCUGUCCAAAGACGGCUUUGUGCACAUCCUCAUGGGAAAGUUGGAGGGUACCUUCCACAAAGUCUCCCUGCUCACCGGAGGUUUCGCAGCUUUUUCCUCCUGUUUCCCCGGCCUGUGCGAGGGGAAGCCUGCCACUGCACUCCCAAUGAGCUUGUCCCAGCCCUGUUUACCUGUGGCAAAUGUAGGACCAACUCGCAUCCUGCCACACCUCUACCUGGGUUCACAGAAAGACGUUCUCAACAAGGAUUUGAUGUCUCAGAAUGGCAUCACUUAUGUCCUGAAUGCCAGCAACACCUGUCCCAAACCGGACUUCAUCAGUGAGAGCCAUUUCAUGCGCAUCCCAGUGAACGACAAUUACUGCGAAAAACUGCUGCCCUGGCUGGACAAAACAAAUGAGUUUAUAGACAAAGCUAAGGUGUCAAACUGCAGAGUGAUUGUGCACUGCCUAGCUGGAAUUUCAAGAUCAGCCACCAUCGCCAUUGCAUACAUCAUGAAGACAAUGGGCUUGUCAUCAGAUGAUGCCUACAGGUUUGUAAAGGACAGGAGGCCGUCCAUAUCCCCAAACUUUAACUUCCUGGGUCAGUUGCUGGAGUUUGAGAAGGGCCUGCGAUUACUACAAGCUUUAACUACAGAUGACAAGAAGUCUGAAAACAACUCCAAACAAAGCUCUGAGGUUGAUGGGGUCUCUGCUGGUUUUGAGAUCAACGGUCACCACACCAGCUGUGACUCAUCGGUGGCAGAUCCUCACACCAAGACUGAACCCAAGUUACCAUCUCCCACUUCCCUCCAGCAGGGCUUUAACGGCCUGCACCUCUCGGCAGAGAGGAUUAUGGACACUAACCGUCUCAAACGCUCUUUCUCUCUGGACAUUAAAUCUGUCUACUCUCCUAGCAGUCCGCAUUGCCCCAGCAUGGCACCCACUCAUUCUGAAGACAUCCCCAAACUGUGCAAGCUCGACAGCCCUGGAACCGGCACCUCCAAUGGUGUCUGCUCCCAGUCGCCCGUCCUCGACAGCCCCGGCUCUUUCGAUUCACCAUUCCCCUCACCAAGCAGCGGGGGUAGCAUUGGGGGUUUGGGUGGAAGUGAAGGAGUCUAUCGAUCUGGCACAUCCUCAUCCAGAACCAGAAGAAAAACUAAGCACAGCUGUGGUAAUUCUCCAGUCCACUCCCAUCUGCAUCAUCCUCCCCAAUCCCUCAGCUUGUCGCUGGACCACAAGAGCCCCAGCCUGGAAGAAAACCUGAGGGGUUCCCCGCUCCUCUCGCUACCCUCCCUGCCAUCUUUGGGUUCUGGGGCUAUGUGGACCAAACACAGAGACACUGUCCAGGCUACAACUCCUGUCACUCCAGUCACCCCAACCACGGACGCUCCCUGGCAUUUUGGAGCAGACGAAGGUGGUCAGGGAGAAAUGGAGCUGGGAGGAGGAGAUGGAAGGAGAGCGGAGUCAUCGGUGCGGUUUGGUAGCAGUUCAGCAUACGUGGCGUUUGGAUGUAGCGAAGGCGCCAGGUUACGGGACAAAUCCCAGAGGGAGAAGCCCUCAGGGUCUCAGACACAGAGGGACCACUGGGAUUCCACGUCCGCCAGCUCGAGUAACAGUGUUCCUGCAUCAGAAAAACAGUUCAAGCGCCGCAGCUGUCAGAUGGAGUUCGAGGAGGGCAUCUCCGAGACAAGGUCCAGGGAAGAACUGGGGAAAAUCGGGAAGCAGUCAAGCUUCUCCGGAAGCAUGGAGAUCAUUGAAGUGUCCUGACAGAUAAUGGACCUGGUGAAUGCUAUCCCGUGGGGGCAAAAAUGGACCUGUUUUAAGGGAGUGCCAGAAGAAGAAAAAUGAGGUGGAGACAAUGAAGGUUUUUUUUUGUGCUCCCCUCCACAGACAGUGUUAAAGACUCCAAUUGAGGGAAGGGCAGAUACAAGCUGAGAGUUAAUGUGAACAGUUUGCAAACCUGGACUGACAGAGCCUCAGAUGUGAUGUUUUAGGUAGUCAUACUUAUUCUGAACUCUUAGAAAUUGGAGGAAAUCCUGGGGGAAGGGGAGUUAAAGUUGUGGCUGUUGGUACUGCAAUUUUUUAUUUCUGUCACAGGUUAAAAGAUAUCACCCCAAGUAAGCAUCACAUUGCAUCUUGAUCAUACAAAAUUCCCUGAUGUUCAGACUCGUACUGUUUAUCUGUGGUUAAAUGUAGUGUGGGCUUCAGUGGGUGUACAGCUUGUGAUUUGAUCCUAGCCCCAUGUUUCGUCCCGAACUUCCACCCCUGUGUCAGAGAACCCUGCACGGCUACAUCCGCCCACCACCACCUUUCCCCUGUGGUCCGGCCCGCCCCAAAUGCUGCAAAAGAACACCACCAACUGUAGUGGACUUAAUAUUACUGUGUCCUCCUACUAUCACAGCACAAAGCAGAGAGGUCCAACGGACUUAACAUAAAGACGGUACUGCAUUCAAAUAACGAAGGAUCCUCUGUAUUCUGUUGAGGAAAAGACUUGUAACAAUGGACAGUGUGUCCCUCCAAAGCACAGUACAUUUAUCCUGACUUUGGCUCCUUUUGUUUCAAAUGUUAACAGCAUGAUAAGACUGAGGUUUCCGGAUCCACCCAGGCCUUUCCCCACUGAGCCACUAUGGCCAGAAGAGAGCAUGCACCUGAAAGGCUGACUACAGACAGACAAAUACUAUAUAUAUACAAUAUGAAUAUAUAUAGCAAUUUUAAUGAACUUCUGUUCAGUUAUAGUUUUAAUUUAUUGUACUGCUUCAUUCUGGUAAUGAGAAAUAAUAUAAUGUUUUGUGGAUUCUUUUUUUUUUCUUCUGUUGAAUUGUUAUUAUUAUUUGAUGUAUGGUAUUUAUGAACACACACUCAUUACAAAUACACACAUUCAACAAAAUUCAAGCAAGCAAUAUGUGCUGUUCCUUUUGUUUGAGAGAGUGAUGUAUGACUUUGAGAUGCACUUUUCUGCUGAGUGAUUACCAUUCACAUCCUGACAACACGAUAUUCCAAAAGCCAAGUUUUUGCUUCUGUUUUAUAAAAAGAAAAGGCACAGAAGUCCCACUGAUGAGUUCUUUAACCGGACCUCUGUAUUGUGAAUUCAGGAGUUUGUCACAACUGAGGGCCCAAUUAUGACUGAAAAGACUGUUUUACUCAGCUGUGUGGAGAUAAGAAAAGAGCAGCCUAACAACUCCUUGACCAUACUCUUAUAUAUGUUGAAGCAAAUGAGCCUGUCUUACAGCUAUGGCUGUGAACAAGUAUUUGUCCCUCACUGAUUUGUUUUGUUUCUUUCUCUUUUUUCCCCCUCACACUUAAGUGUUUCUGUCAUCAAAAUAGUGUUUAUAUUUGGCAAAGAUAACCUGAGUAAAUACAAAAUCCAGUUUUUUAACAACAGAAAAAGUUAUUCAAGUUAUUAUGUUAAAAAAAAACCCGGAUGUUUAAAAAAAGAAAAAAGAAUUUCUUCCAAAUCCUAAUAACUGGUUGGACUACCCUUGACAAUCCUUUAGGAUUUUCUCGCAUAGAACAAAAUUCUAUGCGUGUAUUUUGCACGACUUGAUUACCUCAAGUCGUGCAAAGCAGCCUCCGACCAUCACUCUAUCACACAGGUGUCAAACUCCAGUCCUGGGGGGCCACUGCCCUGCAACUUUUAGAUGUGCCUCUGCUGCACCACACCUGAAUAGAAUAAUUAGGUCAUUAGCAAGGCUCUGGAGAACUGAUCUACACAGGAAGGAGGUAAUUAAGCCAUUUCAUUCCAGUGUUUUGUACCUGUGACACAGCUAAAAACUGCAGGACAUCUGCCCUUGAGGACUGGAGUUUGACACCCCGGCUCUAUCACAAUAAUGUUGAAUGUAGGUUAAAAACAAAAAAAUAAAUAAAUACUGCGGUAGUUUUUGCCAUAUUUGAUGGGAUGCAUACCUUUCUGCUUUUGUCUCUUCAGUCUAAGUAUAAGAAUAUGCCUCUGUAAUAUUUAUGGUCAUCAGUUUUCACCAUAGAGCUUUCUCUGGAUGCCAAUUUUCCCAGUCUCUUUCUUAUUUCUCAAUGAUCUGACCUAAGACAAGUGAGACAUGUAGAGCUUUAGAGGUUCUUCUGUUGUUAAUGAUCCUUAUUGAUCUUUGCUGGACUUGCAAAAAUGUACAUGACUGUCUAACUGGUAACGACAAGUGACUCCUGAUUUGACAGUAGAAUUAUGUUUUCGGAUUGGGCCAGGUUAGCAUAAGCAGAUUUUUCCACCUUAACAGAUAAAUUCAAAAUUGCAACCUGCUUUUUCUGUUUUACUCUGGUUGUCUUUGUUUGCUAUACGUUUCUUGAUACUAUAAAAUAUGUAAGUGUGAGGAAAAAUGCUGAAACAGAAAAAAAUGUGCGAGGAGCCAAUAGUUUUUCGCAUCAAUGUGUAUGCUAACAGAAGUACGCUGUCACGGUUUUCAGAUCUUCUCUGAGCUAGUGAUGCUCACAGCUGAAACUAUACAUUCAUGGCACACUGUACGCCCCUCUCACUUACAGUAUAUUCACACAUGAAUCCCUACACACACCCUUUCGUUCAUUCUCAGGGGAUCUUUUGGUGAGCCAAGCCCAACACAGGGUACACAGCUGCUGGUACAUCAGCACAAUGCAUGUCCAUGAAGCACCCUCUCUCUCUUUCUCUGUUUUUUAUCUGUUUUUACAAUAAUUUUUAAAUUUCCAAAGCUUUGAUCACAAGAGCAUAACACAAUGAACAUAAAAAUAAAAAAAAUCGGGCUCUUCGUAUUUCGAGGUAGAAGGAAGGGAAAUAAAUGAGCUCUCCUGGUGUGAGAAGGUUAUUUAUUUGUAAUGUAAAAUGUGUUUGAUAUUUUUCUUUUGACCCUGGAUUAGCUUUACUGUCUGGCGAUCUCUGACCUUUUGACCUUAUGCUGCUACAGCUACAAGUUCAGAUAAGUCAUGUGUUUCCUGAAGAACCUUUUUUCACCUUACUCCCCAUAUUUUUAAGAAUUGUUAUUUAUGCUAUGUAACAAGAAUGAUGCAGGCUGUCCCCUUUGCUACAUUAUUAUUACUAUUAUUAUUAUUAUUAUUAUUAUUAUUGUUGUACAUAGCAACGCAUCUAAGAACACUGAUAAAUUUAGACAAGUUUUUAAAAUAAAAUCCUGAUACCUUAGGCUGCUUGAUGCAAAAAUACCUCAGGUUCUAUUGAAAGGCUUUUCCUUCCCCUGUAUAUGUUUUGUGAAAAUGAGACAAAAAUACAGACAUGACAAAAUACA